UACAACCUUUGACCCUUGCCCCUGUCACAAGCUGAACAGGCGGUACACAUCUGGCGAAGGUGGGAGUUUUGAAGCUGAUGCGGUGAAAGAAAAGCUUGAUUCUAUUCAGUGUAGGUGGCAAAACGACCCAGAUAUGACAGAAAAGCAGCUAACGGAGUCUUGGUUGAUCGCGUUCCGCAGUCCGUUCGAGAUCUACGAGAAACAUGCCAACUUCCUGGUAGCUGAACUGGCCUUCUACCCAAUGGCACUGCUCACUUUUAUGCAUGCCAUGCGUAAAGGAGGUCGUUACCGGAACAUGUGGAUCGCAGCGCUGUUUCACGGACUGGUUUCAGAGAUGAUUUCUUACUGGGUACCGGAGAUCGACAACUUCUGGCACGCGCAGUCUUCCAUCAUGAUGCUGGGCAGGAGGCUCCCUCUCUACAUUUUGUUGAUUUACCCGACCAUACACUAUGUUUCCACUGUGGCGGCCAGUCGGCUGAAGCUGGGCAUCUUCCCGACGGCAUACGCGGCCGGGCUGGCGGACUCCGUGUUCUAUCACGUGUACGACAUCGUGGGAAUCAAGCUGCUGUGGUGGACCUGGCACGACACCGACCCUAACAUCUACGAGCGACACUUUUGGGUGCCCUUUGCCAGUACCCUGUUCCGACUCACCUUCUCUUCAGCCUUCACCCUUCUGUACUUUGGAACUCACAAGUUGCUGACUGGCAAAAGCAUGUACCAAACCGGGAGGACCAUGGAGGAAUAUGCCUUGGGACAUAAACAUGACAUGAUCAUAACUAUCCUUAACGGAAGCCACCCCUGGAAAGAUGAGCUGACCCUGGUUGUUCUGCUCCACUUCUUGACCUUCGCUGGACUUGCCGUUUUCGCUAAACCGGAGACGAUUGUGUCUACCGGUGUGCAUGAACCUGUCGGGCCGUGCAAUGAGACAUUGCCAAUGUACAAUGCCAUUGGGCAGCUUGUAUCGAAGAGGAAGUACCUGUGCCCCACCGACUAUGACGAGGGCUACAUGGAUUUCCACUGUGUUCCCGGUGGAAGGGCGCCCCCUGGCGUGCACCACUGGUACACCGUGUGUGGAACCCCCCAUGAGAACCAUGCGGAACACAUCACUGUGGUGUGGGGCUUCUGUCUGCUGGGCCUGACCUACUACUACAACCUGCUGGCCUGCUCUGGUCUGGACGAGUCGACCAACAAGAAACACAAAACAAAUUGAUAGAAUGCCACAUUUGUAGCUGCUUUUAAAUUGGCUUUUAUUCAGUAUUAGAAAGAAGGCAUAAUGGUCUCUUUUGAGAUUCUACAUUACAACAACCUGCUGGUCUGUUCUGGUCUGGACGAGUCACCGAACAAGAAACUCAAGACAAAUUAACAGCCACAUUUUUAGCUGCUGUAGAAUUGGCUUAAUCAAAAGAUGAGUAAAUUUCAUUGGGAGUAUAGACCAAGAUUUCGCUGGCUGAUAUAGGCAUAAUAGUCUCUUUUGAGAUUCUAACGUUACAUGAUUGUAUAGUACAACAACCUGCUAGUCUGGUCUGGACAAGUCGACGAACAAAAAGCACAAAACACAUUAACAGAAUGCCACAUUUUAGCUGCUUUUAAAUUGGCUUAAUCAAAAGACAUUGGUAGUCCAGGCUAUCAUUGGCUAAUGUGAUAUAUUCAGUAUUAAAAAUAAGGCAUAGUGGUCUCUUUUGAGAUUCUACAUGUACAAUACAACAACCUGCUGGCCUGGUUUGGUCUGGAUGAGUCUCCGAACAAGAACAAACACAUUUUAGCUGCUUUUAAAUUUGCUUCAUCAAAAGAUGAGUAAACUCUAUUGGGAGCAUUGGCCAAGGCCUUCACCGGCAAAAAAAUCUGUUCAGUCUUGAACAGAAGGCAAAAUGCCAAACACAAAAUAAACUGAGGAAAGUCAGUAAGAAAUUAUUCAGGCUAAACAGUACGGGGUCUACAUUUAAAGACAAGAUUUAGUGUGUUCUUCAACAGAAUUGAUAAUGAAGGAUAAAUGCUGAUACUACUAUGAUCUAUUCACAAUGACUCACUUUAUCAAACAACUUGGCUAGUGUGAUAGGGAUACAAUGUAACACAUCUUUUAAAGGUCUUUCAACCUUUUUCAAAAAUGCAUUGUUCUUACUUUGUCCUAAUGACUAUGUUUGAAGGAUAAAUGCUGAAAGAUGCUACCAUGAUCUAUUCACAAUGAUCUAUUCACAAACAACUCAGCUAGUGUGAUAGGUAUACAAAGUGACUUUUAAACCUUUUCAAAAAUGCAUUGUUAUUACCUUCUGAUGACUACGUUUGUCCAAGCAGGUCUAUAUAACCUCCUGGAAUUGUGAGUCACCAAAUUUCACCCAUGAUAAGGACUCAGUUUUUACCCCACACCCUUAUAAUUCCUGAUGACUGGAGUUGUCCAAGAGAUUCACGAUGGGAAUAUAGACUAAGGACUUGAAGUGUAAUGCUUAAGACAAUGUGUAUUUCACCGAGUCACUCUUUUCGAUAAGAGUGUUGGGUUCUUUUACAUGCAGACUUCAGAGCUCCCCAUUUCAUAUCUUUAUCAUUCCUGGUGACUGAAUUAUCCAAGUGACAUAUCUCAUGAC